AUGUCGGCGGAGAAGGACGAGUACUCAAGCGUCCCUAUUGCUGAAAAACAUGAAGAUUUGCCGGAAGCUAAUCCGCCAAAAGGCUUUGGGGUGCGCCACGUCCAAGCAUUACUUCUGUUCAUAUGUUUAUCUGUUGGUAUGACAAUGAGAGCUCACCUUAGUGUUACAUUAGUAGCUAUGACAGGCCGUGGAACACAAAACUCUAAUGUGAAGUGUAGUCAGUUGUUAAAUGAUGACAGCAUAUUCAAUUCGAGUACAAAUUCAACUGUCAAUGCCGAUUUUAAAAUGCUAAGUAAAAUCGCUACAGAUGAUUGUACAAGACAUAACCAUAUAACAUCAUUUUGGGAUAUUUAUCGCACGUACAACUGGUCGAAGCCAAAACAAGAAAUGAUCUUAUUCGCGUUUUUCGUUGGCUACACAAGUGCGAUGAUACCCAUGGGACUGAUAGCACAGAAAUUUGGCGGGAAACUGCCGAUUUGCGUGGCGUUGGCUGCGAAUGGAGUAUUAUCCAUUUUAACGCCAUGGCUGCCUUUAAUUGGUGGCUGGAUAUUAGUAUGCAUUGGCCGACUUCUACAAGGAAUGACACAGGCAGCGUUUUACCCCAGUAUUCACACACUCCUGGGGAAAUGGGCACCACUUUCCGAGAGAGGACGUCUCAGUACUUACAUUUAUACAGGUUCUCCAUUUGGUACAAUUCUGGCAUUUCAAUUAGCAGGCUUUUUUGCCGGCAGUCCGAAAUUCGGAUGGCCGUCAACAUUUUGGUUAUCUGGUGUUUGUAGUCUUAUCUGUUGCGGCCUUCUGUACUACUUCGGCGCGGCUACUCCCGGUGACCACCCUAGUAUAAGCACAGAGGAGUUAAUAUACAUCACAAAGGAUGGAAACACGUACAGUGUUCCUAAGAAACGCAAAACUCCUUGGAAGCACAUUUUAACUUCGAAGCCUAUUUGGGGCUUAGUGGCAUCACAUUGCGGAAGCGCAAUAGGAUACUUACUGGUAUUAACACAAAUACCGAUGUACAUGAACAAAGUACUUGGAGUUGAUAUAAAAAGGAAUGGAUUGUAUUCGUCUUUGCCAUAUAUUUCGAUGUACUUAAUGUCACUAUUUUUUGGAUAUAUAUCUGAUUUUGUAGCAAACAAAAAGCUGAUGUCAGUAGCUAAUAUAAGGAGAACAGCAAACACAAUUGGUAUGACAAUAUCAGGAUUCUUUCUAAUCGGAUUUAGUUUUGUACAUGACACGAUGGUUGCUGUGAUUCUACUGGUGCUUUGUCUAGGCCUCCAUUCUGGCAUUCAAGUUGGUUUUCAUAUAAACCAAAUAGACUUGGCUCCAAACUUCGCUGGACCAAUAAUGGCGAUGGGAAAUAUGAUCGCUAACCUGUCAGGGCUAUGUGUUCCAGUCCUCGUCUCCAAUAUUGUGGGUGAUGACGUGACAAAUCAAUCCAAAUGGCAGAUACUGUUCAUUUUGUUUGCUUCAGUACAAUUUGUAACAAAUACAGUAUUUGUUAUAUUCGUAAAAGGCACGGUACAGGACUGGAACUUCUACUGCGGUGAGGAUAAAGAAAACAAACUAGAAAAUUACUACGCUAUGGCAGAUUUCAAAGGCGUUUCAUCGCAGAACAUCGAGAAAGAGAAAACUGAAAACAAUAAAACUGCAACUGGUGGGAUAUAG